UCCUUUCAGAACUCAGUUUUACUUACAACGCAAAUUAGCCCACUUGUUUUGGAUGCCAUGUUCUGUGGCUUGCAUCUGAAGAGGAGUUUGUCUUCAUGAAGAUUCCUAACAUUGGUAAUGUGAUGAAUAAAUUUGAGAUCCUUGGGGUUGUAGGUGAAGGAGCCUAUGGCGUUGUACUUAAAUGCAGACACAAGGAAACACAUGAAAUUGUGGCGAUCAAGAAAUUCAAGGACAGUGAAGAAAAUGAAGAAGUCAAAGAGACGACUUUGCGGGAGCUUAAAAUGCUCCGCACUCUCAAGCAGGAAAACAUUGUGGAGUUGAAGGAAGCCUUUCGACGCAGGGGAAAACUCUACUUGGUGUUUGAAUAUGUGGAGAAGAAUAUGCUUGAAUUGUUGGAAGAAAUGCCAAAUGGUGUUCCACCUGAUAAAGUAAAAAGUUAUAUCUAUCAGCUAAUCAAAGCUAUUCACUGGUGCCAUAAGAAUGAUAUUGUGCAUAGAGAUAUAAAGCCAGAAAAUCUUUUAAUCAGCCACAAUGAUGUUUUGAAAUUAUGUGAUUUUGGUUUUGCUCGCAAUCUCUCUGAAGGCAAUAAUGCUAAUUACACGGAAUACGUGGCCACCAGGUGGUAUCGGUCUCCAGAACUCUUGCUUGGAGCUCCCUAUGGGAAGUCUGUAGAUAUGUGGUCCGUGGGCUGUAUUCUUGGGGAGCUUAGUGAUGGACAACCUUUGUUUCCUGGAGAAAGCGAAAUUGACCAACUUUUUACUAUUCAGAAGGUGCUAGGACCACUCCCAUCUGAGCAGAUGAAACUUUUUUAUAGUAAUCCUCGAUUCCAUGGGCUUCGGUUUCCAGCCGUGAACCAUCCUCAGUCACUGGAGAGACGAUACCUUGGCAUUUUAAAUAGCGUUUUACUUGACUUAAUGAAGAAUUUGCUGAAGUUGGAUCCAGCUGACAGGUACUUGACAGAACAGUGUUUGAAUCACCCAACAUUUCAAACGCAGAGACUUUUGGAUCGUUCUCCUUCAAGGUCAGCAAAAAGAAAGCCUUACCAUGUGGAAAGCAGCACGCUAUCUAAUAGAAACCAAGCCAGCAAAGGUGCAGCUUUGCAGUCUCACCACCGGGCCAACAGUAAGGACAUCCAGAACCUCGGUGUGGGGAUACCCCGGGCUGAAGAGGGCCUCCCAGCCAAUGAAAGCUUCCUCAAUGGCAACCUGGCCGGAGCUACGCUGAGCCCCAUGCAUACGAAAACCUACCAGGCCGGCAGUCAGCCAGGCUCUGCCAGCAAAGACCUUACCAACAACAACAUACCACACCUGCUGAGCCCCAAAGAAGCCAAGACUAAGACUGAGUUUGAUUUCAAUAUUGACCCGAAGCCGUCAGAAGGCCCCGGCACCAAGUACCUCAAGUCCAGUAGCCGGUCGCAGCAGAACCGGCACUCAUUCAUGGACAGCUCGCAGAGCAAAGCCGGUACGCUGCAGCCCAGCGAGAAGCAGAGUCGCCACAGCUACAUUGACACGAUCCCCCAGUCCUCUAGGAGUCCCUCCUACAGGACCAAGGCCAAGAGCCAUGGGGCCCUGAGCGACUCCAAGUCCGUGAGCAAUCUCUCAGAAGCCCGGGCCCAGAUGGCGGAGUCUAACACCAGCCGCUACUUCCCAUCCAGCUGCUUGGACUUGAACUCCCCCACCAGCCCCACGCCUGCCCGCCAUGGCGACACAAGGACUUUACUCAGCCCAUCAGGAAGAACCAACCGCAGUGAAGGCACUCUUGACUCUCGCCGGCCAGCAGCCCGCCACUCCAAGACCAUGGAAGAGCUAAAGCUGCCCGAGCACCUGGACAGUGGCCAUUCCCACUCGCUGUCAGCGCCCCACGAGUCUUUCUCCUAUGGUUUGGGCUACACCAGCCCCUUCUCCUCCCAGCAGCGGCCACACAGGCAUUCCAUGUAUGUGACCCGGGACAAAGUGCGAGCCAAAGGCUUGGAUGGAAGCUUGAGCAUAGGGCAGGGGAUGGCAGCCCGGGCCAACAGUCUGCAGCUCCUGUCACCACAGCCUGGUGAACAGAUUCCUCCAGAGAUGACUACAUCUCGUUCUUCUGGAAAAGAAUCUUCGAGAGAAAGCACUGCUUCCUUCCACUCACGGCAGAAGUCCGAGGGUGGAGCAUAUCAUGACCCUCACUCUGAUGAUGGCACCAUCUCCAAAGAAAAUAGACAUCUGUACAAUGAUCCUGUUCCCAGGCGAGUUGGCAGCUUCUACCGAGUGCCAUCUCCACGACCAGAUAAUUCCUUCCAUGAAAAUAAUGUGUCAAGUAGAGUUUCUUCCUUACCAUCAGAAACCAGCUCUGGAACUAACCACUCAAAAAGACAGCCAGCAUUUGAUCCUUGGAAAAGUCCUGAAAGCAUUAGUCAUUCUGAACAACUGAAGGAAAAGGAAAAACAAGGUUUUUUCAGGUCAAUGAAAAAGAAAAAGAAGAAAUCUCAAACAGUGCCCAACUCUGACAGUCCUGAUCUUCUGACUCUACAGAAAGCUAUUCAUUCUGCUAGCACACCAAGCAGCCGGCCGAAGGAGUGGCGUCCUGAGAAAAUUGCUGAUAUACAGACCCAAAGCCAGCCAUUAAAGUCACUGCGCAAACUACUGCAUCUCUCUUCGACGUCCAAUCACCCAGCCACCUCUGACCCACGCUUCCAGCCCUUAACCGCUCAGCAAGCCAAAAAUUCCUUCUCAGAAAUCCGGAUCCAUCCUCUGAGCCAGGCCCCUGGGAGCAGUAACAUCCGGCAGGAGCCCACAGCCAAGGGCAGACCCACCCUGCAGCUGCCAGGUCAGAUGGACCCUGGCUGGCAUGUGUCCUCUGUCAGCCGGAGUGCCACAGAGGGGCCUGCCUACUCCGAACAGCUGGGUGCCAAGAGUGGGCCAAACGGGCACCCGUACAAUAGAACAAAUCGAUCCCGAAUGCCGAAUCUGAAUGAUUUAAAAGAGACAGCCUUGUAA